CAACAACUACAGAGUAGAGGAGAUCAUAUCCGCCGAGGAAUCUACACUCCGCAGAGAAAACAACACAAUAAGACAGGUUUAUUUAACAGUUUGAUAGACACACACUGGGCUUCACCGGGUUUCACCGACAAAGGGCGAACGACUGAACAACCAAGAUGCCCGAGACUGAGAGUUACUCCAACCCUCUGGCUCCUGAGGGCCAUGAAGUGGAUGACCAUAGAGCUGCAGCUCAGUCCAAACUGACCAAUGACGACUUCAGGAAGCUGCUGAUGACGCCACGGGCCACGCCGUCUUCAGCUCCACCGUCCAAAUCCAGACACCAUGAAAUGCCGAGGGACUACAAUGAGGAUGAGGAUCCUGCAGCGAGGAGGAGGAAGAAGAAAAGUUACUACGCUAAGCUACGUCAGCAGGAGAUGGAGCGAGAGAGAGAACUGGCUGAAAAAUACAGAGACCGAGCAAGAGAACGACGAGAUGGCGUCAACAAGGACUACGAAGAGACAGAGCUGAUCAGUACCACAGCGAACUACAGAGCUGUGGGUCCUACUGCCGAGGCUGAUAAAUCAGCAGCAGAAAAGCGUCGUCAGUUGAUCCAGGAGUCAAAGUUCUUGGGUGGUGACAUGGAACAUACUCACUUGGUGAAAGGUUUGGAUUUUGCUUUGCUGCAGAAGGUGAGAGCUGAGAUCACCAGUAAGGAGAAAGAAGAAGAAGACCUGAUGGAGAAAGUCCAGAAAGAGGCAAAGAAAGAUGUGGAACCUGAGGAGAAGAUGGAGUUUAAAACCCGUCUUGGUAGAAACAUCUACCGUGUGGUGUUCAGAUCAGGGCAACUAGAGAGGAAUGAGCUAUUCCUGCCCGGCAGGAUGGCCUACGUGGUAGAUCUGGAUGAUGAGUUCACCGACACUGACAUCCCUACCACACUGAUCCGCAGCAAGGCCGACUGUCCCAGCAUGGAGGCUCAGACCACUCUGACCACUAAUGACAUCGUGAUCUCGAAGCUGACUCAGAUCCUGUCCUACCUCAGACAGGGGACACGUCACAAGAAGAUGAAGAAGAAGGAUAAAGGUAAACUGGAUGACAAGAGGGCUCCUGAGGCUGAUCUCAGUAUCUUUGAUGACGUAGGAGACUACAUUCCGUCGUCCACCUCAUCCUCCAAACCCACCAAAGAGAAAGACCGACACCGGGAACGGGAGCGCGACAGAGACCGCGAAAGGGACCGAGAGGAUGACAGCAAGAGCCGCAGACACAGCUACUUCGAAAAACCACGUGGAGAUGAACACCAGGUUCUGGAGGUGGAUACAGGUCCUGGAUCAGUCAGAGAGCAGAUAAAGAUGAUCAAUGAGAAGUUUGCAGGAGCAGCAGGAAGCCAAUGGCCAGGCCAGGAAGCUGGUCUGAGGAGAGAUAGCAGCAAAGAACAGCUGGGAGAUUUCUUUGGAGGAUCAAAUUCUUAUGCGGAGUGUUACCCUGCUACGAUGGAUGACUUGGCUGUAGACAGUGAUGAAGAGGUGGACUAUAGUAAGAUGGACCAGGGGAAUAAGAAGGGUCCUCUUGGUCGCUGGGACUUCGACACUCAGGAGGAAUAUUCAGACUACAUGAACAAUAAGGAGGCUCUGCCAAAGGCUGCCUUCCAGUAUGGCAUCAAAAUGUCUGAGGGCAGGAAGACACGACGCUUCAAGGAGACCAAUGAGAAGGCAGAGCUGGAUCGCCAGUGGAAGAAGAUCAGCGCGAUCAUUGAGAAGAGGAAGAAGAUGGAGGCUGAUGGAGUUGAUGUGAAACGACCAAAAUACUAAGAAGACGACCUGAGCCUCCGCUGAUUAAUUAUCAUUUAUUGAUCCUGUGAUGUCAUGUGUUUUUGUGUAAAUAGGUUGAGGUCAAAGGUCAGCGAAGGGCCCAUCAGCUGUAAUAAGUGUAGAUUUUAGAUUCACACAGGAUUACUGAUUAUUUAUCUGUCACAUGUCCCUUCAUGUGUUGGUAUCAAAUGACUGUAUUGAUUUGUGAUCAGUGUUUGGAGGUGAUCAGUAAAGUCAGCCUGUUUUAAUGCAGAUCA